AGAAGAAGAAGAAGAAGCAGAAUACUAAAUCUCGGACAUACUUUUCCUUUGGCCUACUGGGUAGUAGUGUAGUAGGGUAGUAGUGCUAUUCGGACACCACUACACCUGAUAGACUGUAGUGCACUAUACAGACGCUAGGGGGCUGCUUCGGACACGGCGCUACUGGGAGCUAUUCUGGGAAACCGGAAAUUGAAAAAAAGAGCAGACACCCGAUCAGAACCAUGAAAGCAGUCAUUCAAAGAGUCACUAAAGCGAGCGUCAUAGCUGGAGAGGCGCACGUCUGUUCCAUCGGUAGAGGCAUUUGUGUUUUGGUUGGGAUUUCCUCCGAGGACACACAGAAGGAUGUAGAUUACAUAGUGCGUAAGAUCCUGAAUCUGCGUUUAUUUGAGGAUGAGAAUGGCUGUGCGUGGAAACACAGUGUCAUGGACAAGGGCUUGGAGGUAUUGUGUGUGAGCCAGUUCACACUGCAGUGUACUCUCAAAGGAAACAAGCCUGACUUCCAUUCAGCAAUGACGGCUAAUUUGGCUCAGCCCUUCUACAACAACAUGCUGGAGCAGUUGAGGACUGCAUACAAACCAGAACUCAUCAAAGAUGGCCAGUUUGGUGCCUACAUGCAAGUGCACAUUCAAAAUGAUGGACCUGUCACCAUUUCUUUAGAGUCUCCUGCGGCUCCCACAGAUGCCAAACAGUUGUCCAAACUAGAAAAGCAGCAGCAGCGUAAGGAAAAAACAAGAGCAAAAGUCAACUCAGAAUGUGUCAAGGACAGGGGUGCCUUACCUUCUAAAGUGGGCCCCAGUGCCAGUAGUGGGGCAGAGGGAGAGUUAUCUUCGGACAAAGCGAGUGAACUUCGUGACAAACGGCUCGGUGACAGGAUUUUCUCCCGCAUUUUGGAUUAUGUGGAGCGAUGCCAUAGGCCCAUGGAGAGAGAGAGAGUGAAAGAGCCUGCUGCAGUUGUGAGGGAUUUGAAGCAUUGGGAGAAGCUUUACGAUUGUUGAAGGGAGUGAAGGGAUUGUUUACAGGGUGUCCAGGCUCAGCAUGUUGAGGACAAUGUGGUUCCAGUUUGUCAUAUGAUCUAUAUAGAUAUGUAUGGGGGCAGUGGUGGCUCGGCGGUGAAGGCUCUGGCACUGUUGGGCCCUUGAGCAAGGCCCUUAACCCUCUCUGCUCCAGGGGGCGCUGUGUCAUGGCUGACCCUGCGCUCUGACCCCAACUUCCUGGCAUGCUGAGGUAUGCGAAGAAAACAAUUUCACUGUGACCAAUAAAGACUCAUUAUCAUUAUCAUUACUAUAGUGGUUCUCAAUCCGGGGGGCGUUGAGAGAUCGGAAGGGGGGUGCAAAUUGUUUUCAAGAAAAAAAUACAAAAGGGGCAUCAUGUAUUUUAUUGCUUUUAGAAAUAGAAUGUGCAUAAAUGAAAAACCCCGCAUUCUCUCUCCUUCUGCAUUUUCUUUUUGCUGGUAAGAGGCGGAGCUUAGCCUGCCUUUUAUCUAGCUGUCUUUUUUUUCGCAAAAAAAGCGACAAAUCUAGCGACUUUUUGGAAAAACCUUUCCAAAUGUCACCAGUACUGUCCUGCAAGCGCGAGGUCUUGCUUUCCCACUGCACUCUCACCUCUCUCUGUCUGCUCUGUUCAGUGAGGAUCCGAGAGCCGGAGAUUUAACAAUGUCAUGGAUAACGAGCCACGCCCUUCCUCCCAAUUUACAUCAUUCAUAUGUGAAUGUUUUUGGAAGACAAGACGAAUGUAAUGCAAAUAUGUUUUACAUGUAAAAUAGUCCAUGAUAUUACAGCCUAGUUCUCUUGUUCAAAGUAGUUCUAGUGUUCAGAAACUUUUUAUAUCAUCCACGUUCCACACCUGUCCAUUAUAUAGCUUUAUAAAAGUUAUUUUAAAAAUCCUAUAAGUUAUGAAAAGUAAUUUAAAAAAGUACAAAAACACAAAAGCAAAAAAAAUAUCUAUCUAUCUAUAUAA